CUGUCUUUCACUGCUAUCUAUGGCAAUCCGAAAAGCGACAUUCCGGCAUUGGCUGCAGACCAACCGUUUGGUAAUAUUCCGCACAGAGCAAUUGCUUGCUUGAGUGAGCGAUGGCUCUUCGGCUGCUUCCUUCCACAACGGGGAACUCACUGGGGCUGCCGUCAACGCUCUCCCAAGGAUUUAGGAUCCGGUUCUGUGGUAGUCUUCACCUCGCCUUUCCCAAUCAUUCCCCGUCCUCCCUGCCAUUACUUCGGGUCGAAGCGAGGAAUGAUUCCCGAAAAGAGAGCGCAAAGACAAGGAACCGUAGGAUGCAAAGAAAGUACAAUGGCUCGGCUACGAAGCCCAGGCUCUCUGUUUUCUGCUCCAACAAACAACUAUAUGCAUUGCUGGUUGAUGAUCAAAACAAGAAGACUCUUUUCUAUGCCAGCACAUUGCAAAGAUCCAUUCGUGGAGAUCCUCCAUGUACCAGUAUAGAAGCCGCUCGAAAGGUCGGGGAGGAGCUCAUCAAAGCAUGCAAGGAUUUGAAUAUUUUCGAAAUAUCAUCUUACGAUCGCAAUGGAUUUGCCAGGGGAGAAAGAAUGGCAGCAUUUGAGAUACCAAUCUCACGACAUGGGUUCUUAUUAAGAUAACUAACAAGUUUCUGUUCUUCUGGUCCUAAGUAUCACAAGUGGUGAAACUAUUGGCUUGAGAGAGAGAUGUCAGAACUAAUUAACAUGUAUCAUUUCACCUAAUAUUUGUGCCUAUUAUUCAUGUUUAUCGAUC